AUGCUGAGUGGAGCGCGCGGCAGGCUUGCCUCAGGACUGCGGGGGAUACACGCGCCGUUGGCCUUUGUCGCCCGCAGGUGGCUGCACGCGUCGGGGUCACUACCGUCGGCAGACCAGAGCGGGAGGACUGAGGAGCCGAUCCGCGCCUUUGACCCGGCACUGCUGGAGUUCCUGGUGUGCCCGCUCUCCAAGAAGCCGCUCAGGUGA